CAGAAGCAGUGGCUCUACUGUCAGGCUUCUGCACACUCAUCUGUCAACGGCAGCUUCAGAGAUGAGCUCCUCCAGCACAGGACUGAAAUCUGUGGAUUACGAGAUCUUUGGGGACGUACAGGGCGUCUUCUUCCGAAAGUACACGGAGGAGCAGGCCAGAAAACUGGGCCUGGUUGGCUGGGUGAAGAACACGGCGGGAGGCACGGUGACGGGGCAGGUGCAGGGGGCAGCUGAGAAAGUGAACUUCAUGAUGAAUUGGCUCAAGUCCGUGGGAAGCCCAAUGUCUCGAAUCGACAGAGCCCAUUUCUCCAAUGAGAGGGAUAUCUCCAAACUGGAUUUUAAUAAUUUCUCGACAAAGUACUAAACCUGGUGCUGCAAUAGCUGCAGAAGUGCCUGGAUUGCAAACGCCACUGCUCGUGUCAUUUAGCUGGAAGGAGGGAUAUGAACAGGUGUGAUCCCGGACUGGAGGGGAAUGGUUUCUUUCCAUUGUGUUAAAGCCUGAUUUUCACGUCGACUCCUAACCUCCCUGCUUUCAGAUGUUGACAGUAAACUCUGUGCCAUAUAUCAAUGACCUCGUGCUUCCCUGCUAGGUUUCUGUUCCGCGGUACUAUCGAUCUUUAGGAUGGUUCCCCAAAUAUUGCGAGGAAAGCGGUUGAGUGGUGAUCUGUCCCUUGUCUCCAGGAAAAUAUGGCAACAUUUUCCUCUGUUCAUGCGCUACUUCCCAAAGAUUUUUUUUUAUUGCACUGUAGCUCAAAGUAAUCUUCAUUCUGGCGCAUGUGAUUUAAACUGCCUUAUCAUAUAGCAGUGAAAGGAUAGACUAAAAAAUGAAAAGACCCAACCACGAAUCACAGUCACCAUUUACUCUUGCCCACACUGCCUCAGAAUAUGGGGCUCCCAGCCACCUGAAGACGACCCUUUAAACAAGUAUCAAACUCGACAAGCAAGCACACAACCGUAUUCCGUCUGAAGACCCACCAAAAGACAGCCUCUUAUGAAAACGUCAAACUAGACUUGAGUGCUGGCACGUGGCUAAGUGGUUAAGGUGUUCGUCUAGUGAUCUGAAGGUCGCUAGUUUGAGCCUUGGCUGAGGCUGCGUGUGUGUCCUCGAGCAAGGCAUUGCUCUGCGACGACACCGGUGCCAAGCUGUAUGGUCCUAAUGCCCUUCCCUUGGACAACAUCGGUGGCGUGGAGAGGGGAGGCUUGCGGCUUGGGCAACAGCCGGUAUCCCACACAACCCUGCCCAGGCCUGCGCCCCGGAAACUUUCCAAGGCACAAAUCCAUGGUCUCAUGGGAUUAACUGUGGCCUACACACUAGACUUGAGAAACCACACAACUGUAUUCCAUCUGAAGACCCACCAAUAGGAACCUCUUAGGAAGAAAUUCAUACUCGACUUAAGAGACUUACUUAUUCACUACCCACUACACUGCUGACGUUUAAGGCAGCCGCAAAGAUCCUCCAACUCUAUCUGUCCACACCGUCACACUCAGAUGAAGAAGGAUUCUUCAUCGCUGUUUCCAUAACAAUUAUUUCUUUUGACCAGUCGAGGUUGCUAGCCCUGAGCUGAACCCUCAUGAACCUGGAGAACUGGAGGUCCACUCUUAGUCUGACCUUUACCCUUUGACCUGUGUGGCAUGGGUGACCCUACCAAAAGCCAAAUCAUAAAGCCCUGAUUCCAACACAGCUCUCCCGGGUCAUUGAGGCACGCAAGCCUCCGAACCCUACGACAAGGUUGUGGUCCUCUUGGAGGCAACUUGAGUGACCGCACAACCAAAUUCCACUUGAAGCCCACAGACAACCUCUUAGAACAUCAUACUUGACUUGGGUAGCCACACAACCAUAUUUGCUUUUUGCUUUUACACGUUGCACCACUGUCCUUUCAAUGAAUGACCUCCAGAGGCCAAUAGAACAAGCCAGGUUGUCCUGGGUUGGAUUGUGCUUUUGGAUAGGCGUGUCUUGGGUUUGGUCAACAUCAUUAAUGCAAGAUAUCUAUGUUGGAGUAGCAUAGCAUGUAAACGAAAGAACUCUGUCCUCGAGUUACUUUGCUCAAAGUGCAUUUGCUUCGACUGCAUUAAA